GUGGGGGUCUAGACUCAUCCCGGACGCGGGAUGGGGUUGGUCUCUCGCAUAUGCAGGUUGGAACCUCUCUGGGAACCCUCCUUUCAUCGGCCCCAGGAGAAACCCGGCCCUCGGAUCGUCGCCAUAUGGCCCAUAUCGACAAACGGAACGUCACGGCUUGGCCACCAACCGGUCCAACGGCGACAAUGGACCAGUCUAUAUCUAUCGGUGGCACUCAUGACUUGAUGGGCUCUCUUGGUUGUCCAUCAUAUCAUCAACCUUCCAUUUCCCGAGUCCUUGAUACUGCUGCACCACACAACAGUGUCAGCAACAAUGGGCUUCCAGGUAUCUGACCUCUGGCGAACGCCAACCGUCAACCCGGUCAACAAAAAGGCACGAAGCGUGCCCAUCCUCAACCCCAUCGACGCUCAUGGCCGAGUUUUCUUCUUUUCAUGGCUCGGCUUCAUGCUGUCCUUCUGGGCCUGGUACACCUUUCCGCCCUUGUUGUCCGUCACCAUCAAGAAAGACCUCAACCUCUCCCCGGAGCAGGUAGCCAACUCCAACAUCGUCUCUCUCGUAGCCACCCUUGCCGUGCGCUUCGUGGCUGGCCCGCUGUGUGACCAGUUCGGUCCGCGCAAGGUGUUCAGCACGCUGCUGCUGGUCGGCAGCAUCCCUAUCGGACUCGCCCCGCUGAUCAAGGACGCAACGGGACUCUACAUCAUCCGCCUUUUUAUCGGCAUCCUGGGCGGCGCCUUCGUCCCUUGCCAGGUCUGGUGCACCGGCUGGUUCGACAAGAACGUGGUCGGCACCGCCAACGCCCUCGCGGGAGGCUGGGGCAACGCCGGCGGCGGCAUCACCUACUUCAUCAUGCCGGCCGUGUAUGAUUCGCUCGUCCAUCGGUGGGGGCACACCCCCGACGAAGCGUGGCGUAUCACCUUUGUCGUUCCGCUAGUGUGCUUGAUCAUCUGCGGCGUUGCGCUGCUGGUGCUGUGUGAUGACACGCCCAUGGGGACAUGGCACGACCGCCACAACAUCCAACCCACCGCAGCAGAAGAGCCCCAAGAAGACACAAUCGUCUCCAUCCCCGGCACCAUUACCGACCGCGAGACCUCCGGCAACACCACCCCCACCGGGAACGCCACCACCAAGAUAAUCGACCUCGAAAAAGCCACCUUCACCACCAAAACCACCCCCAUCGCCAUCCCCAUCCCCACCCCCCAACAACACCAAACCGACCACGCAACAGCCCACACCGAAGAGAUCAUCCAACCCCCUUCCCUACGCACCGCCCUCCCCGUCCUGCUCAGCCCCAACGCCCUCUUCCACGUCGCCACCUACGCCUGCAGCUUCGGCGGCGAGCUGGCCAUCAACUCGGUCCUCGCCGCCUACUACCUGCGCAACUUCCCCGAGCUGGGCCAGACGCGCGCGUCCAACUACGCGGCCGUGUUUGGGUUUCUGAAUUUUGUUACCAGGCCGUUGGGGGGCGUGGUGGGGGAUGUGCUGUAUCGGGUGUCCGGGGGCGGGUUGUGGUGGAAGAAGGGGUGGGUGCAUGUCUGUGGGGUGGUGACGGGGGUGUUGCUGAUUGUGAUUGGGGUGUUGGAUCCGCAUGAUCUGGGGACUAUGAUUGGGUUGGUGGUGGUUAUGGCGGUGUUUCAUGAGGCUGGGAAUGGGGCGAACUUUGCGUUGCUGCCGCAUGUGUUUCCGCAUGCGAAUGGGUUGUUGUCGGGGCUGACGGGCGCGGGGGGGAAUUUGGGGGGCGUGGUGUUUGCCGUGGUGUUUCGGUUUAUGGAUGGCGGGACGAAUUAUGCGAAGGGGUUUUGGGUUAUGGGGAUUGUGCAUCUAGUGUUGAACGUGGCUGUUUGUUGGGUGCCCCCUAUUCCGAAGGGGCAGGUUGGUGGGCGUUGAAAGGGUGGUCGAGCUAGAAUUCACUAUUAAUUAUCACCACGCUCAUACGUAUGAGUGGCCUUUUUCUGUUA